GCCAUCACACUCCCUCUGCUGGGGGUCCCUUCUCAGCACUCACUCCCAGCAUUUGGCCUCAGGACAUCCUGGCAAAAUACACACAGAAAGAAGAAUCCGUCGAGCAGCCAGAGUUUCGCUAUGAUGAAUUCGGUUUCCGAGUUGACAAGGAAGCAGAUGGUGCUGAGCCAAACUCCAGCAAGCUUCUGGGGGUCCCACUGACGGAGGAGCCGCAGCAGCGGCUCAAGUGGCAGGCUCAUCUGGAAUUUACACACAACCAUGACGUGGGCGACCUCACCUGGGACAAAAUUGAGGUCACCCUACCCCAUUCAGACAAACUGCGCUCCCUGGUGCUGGCUGGCAUCCCACAUAGCAUGAGGCCUCAGCUGUGGAUGCGCCUUUCAGGGGCUUUGCAGAAGAAGAGGAACUCAGAGAUGUCAUAUCGGGAUAUAGUGAAAAACAGCUCUAACGAUGAAACCAUUGCCGCCAAACAGAUUGAAAAGGACUUGUUACGCACAAUGCCCAGCAAUGCCUGCUUCUCCAACAUGAACAGUAUCGGAGUGCCAAGGCUACGCAGGAUACUACGGGGACUUGCCUGGCUCUACCCAGAGAUUGGAUAUUGCCAGGGCACUGGCAUGGUGGCUGCUUCUCUGCUGCUCUUCUUGGAGGAGGAAGAUGCCUUCUGGAUGAUGUGUGCUAUCAUCGAGGAAUUGGUUCCUGCCUCCUAUUUCAGUACCACUCUCAUGGGCGUGCAGACAGACCAGCGUGUCCUGCGGCAGCUCAUCGUGCAGUACUUGCCUCGCCUGGACAAGCUGCUGCAGGAGCAUGACAUUGAGCUCUCCUUGAUCACCUUGCACUGGUUCCUCACCUCUUUUGCUAGUGUUGUCCACAUCAAGCUGCUGCUGCGUAUUUGGGACCUCUUCUUCUACGAGGGCUCUCUGGUGCUGUUCCAAGUCACUUUGGGCAUGCUAAGUAUGAAGGAGGAUGAGCUAAUCCAGUCAGAGAACUCCGCCUCCAUCUUCAACACGCUGUCAGACAUCCCAAGUCAGAUUGAAGACGCAGACGUGUUGCUGCGCGAGGCCAUGCGCGUGGCUGGCUCGCUGACAGACGUGGCGGUGGAGACCCAGCGCCGCAAACACUUGGCCUACCUCAUUGCUGAGCAAGGGCAGCUGCUCAACUCCAGCACCACCGUCAACAACUUAUCCAAAAUUGUGCGGCGCAGGACUCAGCGCAGGAAAUCUGGCAUCACCUCUCUGCUUUUCGGUAAGAACAACCAUCUGCCCUUCAUAUGCUGUUGA